CAAACAGUUAUAAAGACGAUCAAUCCAGUCAUCUUUGCGGCUCACAUAUCGUCGUUAAAUUGUAAAAGCUGACAGUAGAAAAUUUCCGAUAAAGAAAACUGAACGAGUCGAACGGAUCUAUCGACAGUUACAUUAGAAAACCACUACCAUUAUUAGAACCUUGCGAACAAACAUGAGUAUCGACAAUCGAUCGAUUCGAACUGUCACUCUCCGCUUGAAACGCGCCGACUUAUCGAUAUCACGUUCUCGAUAGUGCACGCGAAUGCACACUUCCAAGUCACCGAUACACGAUACACGACGACAUACCACAUGUUUACUUGUGCUUACUUCAUCGAUGCAAAAUUUACGCGAAUCGACAAAAAUUAUGAAAAUAGAAACACGAUCGGACCACGACACGUUGUGCGAGACCUGAGCAUAUUUUCAAACUAACACGUGAAACCACGUAUAUUUUCUAGUUGUGUCGAUGCCUGUACGUUGAAGUUUAGUAAAAUCUCACGGUUAACCUUCACAUUGGAUCACGGAAUUAAGGUUAGUUCGAUACUACGAAAAAACAGUUAACUUAUCGUCUAACCGUACGCAUCUCGAUAUGCGCGUAACGAUAGUGACGAGCAGGAUAUCACCAUGACGUCGGUUACAGCGGAACAGUUACCGGACGAUCGAGCCGACGACUCCACGCCGGCGAAUCCGACGGAGAACGUUUGGGAAGCUGUGUUGGGCUGUCCGCGAUACGUGGUCGCGCCGAUGGUCGACGCGAGCGAGUUGGCCUGGAGAUUGUUGAGCCGACGACACGGCGCUCAUCUCUGUUACACACCGAUGCUUCAUUCCUCGGUCUUCCGCAGAGAUCCCAAGUAUCGGCGAGAAGCCCUCGCAAGUACCGGGGAGGAUCGGCCGUUGAUCGUUCAGUUUUGCGGCAACGAGCCGAGUGUGUUAUUGGAAGCGGCGCUUUUGGCCGAGCCACACUGCGACGCUGUAGACGUGAACUUAGGCUGUCCUCAAGCUAUUGCGAAACGCGGUCGCUACGGUGCUUUUCUACAAGACGAUUGGGAUUUGCUGCGACAAAUCGUGAGUACAUUGAGCAAAGGACUUCGGGUACCUGUAACCUGCAAACUGAGAGUAUUUCCGGAAAUCGAAAAGACCGUAGAAUACGCUCGCAUGCUUGAGAGUGCCGGAGCACGUUUACUCACCGUGCACGGUCGUACCAGAGAGCAGAAGGGACCGCUCACUGGAUUGGCUUCUUGGGAUCACAUCAAAGCGGUUAGAGAAGCCGUCACGAUUCCCGUAUUCGCUAAUGGCAAUAUACAAUGUCUGCAAGAUGUCAAAAGGUGUAUAGAAGAAACUGGUGUGCAAGCAGUGAUGUCCGCGGAAGGCAAUCUUUACAAUCCGUACAUAUUCGAGGGUUGCUAUCCACCCAGCUGGGAGCCAGCGCUCGAAUACUUGGAUCUAGUUGAGCGAUAUCCCGCUCCGGCUUCUUACAUCCGUGGUCAUCUCUUUAAAUUAUUCCACCACACACUUUGUUUACCAGAGAAUAAAGAAGAAAGAGAAAAUCUGGCACGAAAUUCUACUAUGAAAUCGUUCAGAAGUGUCGUCUACGCUUUGAGGGAUCGUUAUUUAUCCUAUCACGAGGGACACGUCCCGUGGCGGGAACAAACGAACGACUACAAUCUAAAGUUGCCACCAUGGCUCUGUCGACCAUACGUCCGUAAUUCGACAGAGGAGAAAGAGACGUCAUCGUCACCCAUUGAAAAGGAGGACGAUGCCGCAAAAAGAAGAUUCACAGAUGAGGAUGGAAACGAAAUAUCGCGAAAACGCUUGAAGAAACUUAGACGAAUCGCACGGCGUCCCAACAGAUCAGCUGUUGUCGCGAAAAGAGGAUCUAAUUUAUGUUACGGUUGCCCAAAUCCAGUGGGUUUUAAGUGCGUUUACAAAUUAUGUAGACAGUGCUGCAGGAACAAGUGUUUCACAAAAAAUUUGGAUUGUGUCGGACAUAGAAAUUUAACUAAAACGAGAAGACAGAUGGCAAUAGAAUUCGCUGCAAAAAGAAACAUUAUGGAUGACACAAUAUCGCUUUGUAAAGAAUAAAGAUACCCUGUAAAACCAGUAUACUAGACCUUUCCCGUCUGUGCCGGCUGCCGACUUUGGUAGUGGUAGCAAAAAUUCGUUUCGACAGAUUCUCCUUAUUGGUCCCGUCGCGUAAACAAAGAACGCGAGCGAAACAAAAUGCGACGAUAGAGAUUGAACAAUGGCGAAUUCCAGAGACACGAAGACUCGGCUUUGAAACAUAAGAUGGAGCGAGUGAAUGAUUCCUCUUACCAUUGCGCAGUUCUAAUUUGUGUCGACUAUAUAGUCGGCACAGAUGCGGGAAAUGAAUUGUACACGUAACGUUUGCGUUCUCGUAUAGUGUAUUAUAUAUUCUACGCAAAUAAAAUUCAAUUCAAUGUUUUAUCAAUCCUAUUAUAACGAUAUAACAGUACUAUACUCGUACGCAAAACGUACCAGUCUGUGUUCUCUUUAUCUUCUAUUAUUUUUCUAAUUACUAAAUCGUGCACUAAAUACCAAUUACAAAUUUAUACGAGAUCAUUAUUCCCUUCUUGUUUUUAUUGCGAUUGAAUUGUACUUGUUGAAUUCAAUGAUCAACAGCUGUAACAAAUAACUAUUUUUAUUUACACAUUACACUAUUUUACAAAAUACUUUGUCGGUAACCGCUUGACAGAUUCCUAUUUCGACAGUGUUUCUAACGACAGAGUAUUUCAAUGACUCGUGAUUAUCACGUCCAAAAGUGGCACAAAAUAGAUCGUUUUAGAGUGGUUAAGAUGUCGAUGCGAUCAACUUUGUCAUUCGCUGCAGAAUAGCAAAUUCAUUUUGCUUUUCUUCGUUCAUUAGCGUAUCUUGUGCUUUGUCGGUGAACCAGUACUUUUUAUUUACAAGUAGAAGUACCAUAAGUAUUGGUAAAUGAAUCAGCGAGAAAUGAAAGAGUUUCCGUGAACUUGCACUGUCUGAAUGUUUAUGAAAAUUUUGCGCUAAAAAGUGAGAAACGAUGACGUUAAGUAAUGCAAUACGUUACUUACUUCCUUCUGUUUUUCGACCUACCUAAGUAAAGGAAAUAUGCGUUCAGCGGCGUCGACUCCAAGGCGAACCACCAAUUUGUUACAUUUAAUAUCGGCGCCAACCAGCAAAGACCCAUUAAUAUCCCUGUGUAGCGUAAGGCUGUUUUACGGCAUAGAUUUGGAUCUGUAACGGCCAUCAUUCGAUAACCAGCUCGAGAAUAAUCUGGUCGUAAAUUCCAUGACAGAGCGUUGAAAUGAGGAAACUGCCAAGCAUACAGUAUACCAGGCAUAAUCCAGGCGGCAGGCGUCGUAAUAUCGCCGGUACAAGCUGCCCAACCCAUUAGCGGUGGUAUAGCUCCUACUGAGAAUAGUUACGACACUUUGAACUUCCA